AUGGCAGAAGACAAUAAGACAUCGGUGACUCUAUUUGUUCUCACGGGCCUUACAGAUCGUCCAGGGCUGCAGGCCCCCUUGUUUCUGGUGUUCUUAGUCAUCUACCUCAUCACCCUGGUGGGCAACCUUGGACUGGGUGCUCUCAUCUGGAAGGACCUCCACCUUCACACCCCCAUGUACUUCCUCCUUGGCAGUUUGGCCUUUGCAGAUGCUUGUUCUUCAUCCUCUGUGACCCCCAGGAUGCUAAUGAGUUUUUUAUCAAAGAAUCAUGUGAUAUCCCUCUUUGAGUGCAUGGCCCAAUUUUAUUUUUUUGGUUCCAGUGCCACUACAGAAUGUUUUCUCCUGGUUGUAAUGGCCUAUGACCGCUACGUAGCCAUAUGUAACCCAUUGCUUUAUCCAGUGGUGAUGUCCAAUAACAUCUGUACUCAGUUUAUAGGUGUUUCAUAUUUUAUUGGUUUUCUACAUUCAGCAAUUCAUGUGGGUUUGUUAUUAAGAUUAACUUUCUGCAAAUCCAAUGUACUACAAUAUUUUUACUGUGAAAUUUUACAACUGAUCAAAAUUUCUUGCACUGAUUCUACAGUUAAUACACUUCUGAUUUUAGUCUUUUCAGCCUUCAUACAAAUAUUCACUUUUAUGGCCAUCAUGGUCUCUUACACCCGUGUCCUCUUCACUAUCCUGAAAAGUAAGUCUGAAAAGGGCAGGAGCAAAGCCUUCUCCACGUGCAGCGCCCACCUGCUCUCCGUCUCCUUGUUCUAUGGCACUCUCUUCUUCAUGUACAUGCGUCCUGCCUCUGGCCCAACUGAAGAGCACGACAAAAUGUAUUCUUUAUUUUACACAAUAAUAAUUCCUCUACUAAAUCCUUUUAUUUACAGUCUGAGAAACAAAGAGGUUAUAGGUGCCUUGACUAGAAUAAUGAAUAAAUAG